AUGUCCCCAGAGAUGACAGCAGGCAGGACAGUAAUGGUCCUACUGCUUCCCCCAAACAGGGACAAGGGAUUUGUCAUGGACAACACUCUGGAGACCAGCCAGCAAAAGGAGAAGCUUCUGAAAACCAUCUACACCCUGCAGCUGAAGUCAAGUGCCACACUGCAGGCAGCCAGCCCACUGCUGAGCAGCCAGCAUGGCAUGGGCAUGGUGACACAGCACCAUGUCCACCAGCUGGCGGAUAUGGCCAAAAGCCUGUGUGGAGAUCUGGACAACAUUAAGAACCUCCUCCACUAUUGCCAGGAUAACCUGGUCAGGAAGAUCCCCAACCCCACUGGCAGCCACUAUGGGGGAGUAUGUGGAAUCCACUGCUCCCUGGAUGGCUCCAUCUACAUCACAGCUGAGAGUGCUCCCUGGGUCCAUGUCCUCAGCAGCACAGGCCAAACACUGCAGUCCCUGCCUUGCCAACAAACAGGGAAGGAAAGUGGCACUUUCUUGCCGGAAGAUGUGACCGUGACUCGAACGGGAAGGGUGGCUGUGGCUGACAUGAUGAAUGGAGCCAUCUGGGUUUUCAACCCUCACACCAGCCUCUCCAAGGGGGAAUGGAUAAAGAUCAGAAAGGUUGGUUCCCCCAGGGGUAUUGCAGUAGACCUCAUGGGCAGGAUUUUGGUAGCAGACUAUGCACAAAGCCAAGUCCACAGCUUUGCUCUGGACCAUGCCUUCAAGACGCUCAACAUCCACUCGGUGUCCAACCUGCAGGGACCUCGUUAUGUCAGUCCAGCGCCCAAUGGAGGCUUGGUGGUCAGCGAGGAGUGUGGAGACGUCAAGGUCUUCACCAGCAGCUAUAAGCUCCUCUACUCCCUCAGCAGCAAAUACGGACACCAGUUUGGUAACCCAGCCGGUGUCUGCAUUGAUGUGGCUGGCAGCAUCCUGGUGGCAGAUGAGCAGCUCCGGACAGUCCAUUUGUUCCCAGAGCAUGGAGCUCCCGUCUGCCUGGUGUCCACGAGGCUGCGGAGGCCGGCCGGUGUGGCUUGCUCCUCCUUUGGCCACCUCUUUGUGGCAGAUGCAGGGGAGAACUGUGUCAAAGUCUUUAAGUAUUGUGUGAGGCCCCCAUACAGGCCCACCAACCCUGAGGCACCAUGUGGUGACUCCAUCCUGACACCCAGACACUGA